CUGCGGAAAUACAGGAGGGUGUCCGACACGUGAUUUAUUCAGUAUGGCGGAGCAGUUGGCUGAAUGAUUUUUACAGAACCGACGGGUCCUAAAACCCUGCACCGUGGAUGCUCUUGGAGACCGGCAGAAAACCAGCCGUUCGCGCCCAAGGGGGCUCAUUUCAGCCUGACUGUUCGGUUAAAGGAAUCCUGUCACAACACACCACUGAGGUCUCCACCUGUGGCUCGGUAUGAUGAAUUCCUGAGAAACAACUCCCCUGUCAAGUCUGCCUGGCACCAGCAACCAUAAAAAUGAGCUCUCACAGUCGACCAGGUGGCUUGAGCAGCAAGGAGCAGCCUCUGGAACUUCUUAAACCAGCUGCACUCAACCAUUUCGUGGACGUGAGCACGGCAGCGCUGCCCACGCAGGUGCCCCCCAACACCACAGCCAUCCUUCCCAUGGACCUGCGCGUAGUGGACCACCCUCAACACCACCACCACCACCACCAGCAGCCCCCCUUUGGCCUGGCUCCCCAAACCCACCCUGUACCGCCUGCCUCCACAGCUUGUCCCGCAUCCACUGAGCCAGGCUGCGGGCCAGUCAUUAGCCACCAGGAGCAGCAGCUGCAGCAGGAGCUAGUGGCACUCAAACACAAGCAGCAACUCCAGAGACAGCUACUGAUUGCAGAGUUCCAGAGGCAGCAUGAGCAGCUUUCACGACAACAUGAAGCCCAGCUGCAGGAACAUAUCAAGUGUCCUUGUCUCUCUCUCCACCAGCACCAACAGGAUUUACUGGCACUCAAACACCAACAGGAGCUGUUGGAGCAUCAGAGGAAGAUGGAGCAGCAACGUCAUGAGCAGCAACUGGAGAAGCAGCAGCGGGAACAUAAACUCCAACAGCUCAAAAACAAGGAGAGGGGACAAGAGAGUGCAGUCGCCAGUACAGAGGUAAAGAUGCGACUUCAGGAGUUUGUCCUGAACAAGAAGAAAGCCCUGGCUCAGCGAAAUCUAAAUCACUGUCUGCCCAGUGACCCACACUACUGGUAUGGAAAAACCCAGCACAGCUCUUUGGACCAGAGCUCUCCUCCCCAAACAACAUUGUCAGCGUACAACCACCCAAUGCUGGGCACAUAUGACUCAAAAGACGACUUCCCUCUCCGCAAAACAGCCUCCGAGCCCAACCUGAAACUUCGUUCCAGGCUAAAGCAGAAGGUGACCGAGCGCCGCAGCAGCCCUCUGCUCCGCAGGAAAGAUGGUCCAAUCACUACUGCCAAGAAGCGUUCCCUAGACGUGGCUGAGUCUGCAUGCAACAGUGCACCAGGCUCAGGUCCUAGCUCUCCCAACAACAGCUCCAGUAACAUCCCCAGUGAGAAUGGGGUCACCAUCUCCAGCAGCCCAGGAGAGGCCUCUCUGCUUCAGAGAUUGGCUGCAAGGGAAAGUUCGGUUAGCCAGCUCUCUCUAUACACCUCCCCUUCUCUGCCCAACAUCACCCUGGGACUUCCAGCCACAGGCCUUGCUAACACUGUGGUAUCAGGACACCAAGAUGGUGAGAGUCAUCUGAAUGCGUUACAGCAGGGCAUUCCUCUGACCCCUCCUUUCCUGCCCACUGCCCACCUGCCCUCCUACUUGGCAUCUUCAGCACUGGACAGGGAAGGGGCUGGAGGGGGGACCACUGGUCACAACCCCCUUCUCCAACACAUGGUUCUGCUAGAGCAGAGCCAUAAUCCAAUGGUUGGUCUGGGCGGUCUUCCACUACCAUCACCCUCUGUCUCCAAGCUUGCGCGGGGUCACCGUCCCCUGGGGAGAACCCAGUCGGCCCCUCUGCCCCAGCAGCAGUGUGGACAGGCCCAGGCCUUGCAGCAGCUGGUAGUCCAGCAGCAGCACCAGCAGUUCCUGGAGAAACACAAACAACUGUUCCAACAGCAGCAGCAGCAGCAGCACAUCAUCAACAAGAUAAUGUCCAAGCCCAGCGAUCAGGUCUCAGCCACAGGCUCAAGUGCCUCAGGGACACCCAGGCAGCAUCAGAGUCACCCAGAGGAGACGGAAGAGGAACUCAGGGAGCACCAAGGACUGUCCUCCUCGUCCUCAUCCUCCUCCUCUACCUCCGUGCAGGAGAUGGGGCCGCUACGGGGGGUGGUCAUCAAGCAGGAGCCCCCAGACCUACAGGAGCAGGAAGAGAGGGAGCAGAGGGAGAGACAGGCUGAGCAGGAUUUCUUGUUCAGACAGCAAGCUCUGCUUUUAGAGCAACAGCGGAUUCACCAGUUGAGGAACUACCAAGCCUCCAUGGAAGCAGCCGGGCUAUCAGUCAGCUUUGCUGGACACCGCCCCCUCUCCAGGGCUCAGUCAUCUCCGGCCUCUGCCUCCUUCCCCAUGGUAGUACAGGAGCCGCCAACCAAGCCCCGAUUCACGACAGGUCUGGUAUAUGACUCUUUAAUGCAGAAGCACCAGUGUAUCUGUGGUAACACCACCAGUCAUCCGGAGCAUGCGGGCCGCAUCCAGAGUAUCUGGUCCCGACUACAGGAAACAGGCCUUAGGGUGCACUGUGAGUGUAUCCGAGGUAGAAAGGCCUCAUUGGAGGAGUUACAAACAGUCCACUCUGAAGCCCACGUCUUGCUGUAUGGAACAAACCCACUGCGGCAGAAACUAGACUGUUCAGUGAGUCCCAUGUUUGUGAGGUUACCAUGUGGAGGCAUAGGGGUGGACAGCGACACCAUUUGGAAUGAGGUCCAUUCAUCCAGUGCAGCUCGUCUGGCUGUUGGCUCAGUGGUGGAGCUGGUCUUCAAAGUGGCAUCAGGAGAACUGAAGAAUGGUUUUGCUGUAGUUCGACCACCUGGACACCAUGCUGAAGAGAGCACACCUAUGGGGUUCUGUUACUUCAAUUCAGUCGCCAUUGCAGCAAAGCUCCUGCAGCAGAGGCUCAAUGUUAGUAAGAUCCUCAUUGUGGACUGGGAUGUUCACCAUGGAAAUGGCACCCAGCAGGCUUUCUUCACUGACCCCAGUGUUCUUUACCUGUCACUGCAUCGCUAUGAUGAUGGAAACUUCUUCCCAGGCAGCGGAGCACCUGACGAGGUGGGCAGUGGACCAGGUGUAGGCUUCAAUGUGAACAUCGCCUUUACUGGAGGACUGGAACCUCCCAUGGGUGACGCAGAGUAUCUAGCUGCAUUCCGGACAGUGGUUAUGCCUAUUGCCAAUGAGUUUGCCCCAGACAUGGUUCUAGUAUCUUCAGGCUUUGAUGCGGUAGAUGGACAUGCUCCACCCCUGGGAGGAUACAAACUGACAGCUAAAUGCUUUGGCUACCUGACCAGGCAGCUGAUGGGUCUGGCGGGCGGUCGGUUGGUUCUUGCCCUGGAGGGAGGUCAUGACCUCACAGCCAUAUGUGAUGCCUCUGAAGCCUGCGUCUCUGCUCUGCUUGGCAAUGAGUUGGACCCCAUUCCUGAUGAGGUGCUGCAGCAGAGACCAAAUGCCAAUGCUGUCAACUCUAUGGAGAAAGUUAUUGAAGCUCACGGUAAAUACUGGUGCUCACUGCAACGCUCUGCCUCCACACUCGGUUGCUCAUUGAGCGAAGCUCUCCGGCGUGACGCAGAGGAAGCCGAGACUGUCUCCGCUAUGGCCUCACUGUCUGUUGCCAACAAGCAUAUUGGAAAGAGGGCUGAAGAGGAACCAAUGGAAGAGGAAGCUCCUAUGUAAAGAAACAUCCCUAGCCUUUGACCACUUAGACUUUAUCUUUGACAGUGUCCUCGUCCAGUCAAUUUCAAUUUAAACGCCACUCCUAUGUCCUGCCCCCGCCAUAACAAGAUGGCAUCUUGUCAUCUGAGAGAACAAAAGAGCUGACAUAAGUGGCAGUGAAAGGAAGCGGAACACUGAGGAUGACCAAUGCAUUCACUGAUCAGCAGUGCACAGACUGAUCAGCAUCAGCAAUGUCUUGUAUUGUUUCUUUAAGACCAUGGAUAUAAGAGGAAUGAAUCGACCAUCCCACAAUGACAACCUCGACUGCCAGUGCUUUUUAAAGACUAUACAUGUGUACUUUUUUCAACGCCAGUUGGAACCAUGCGCAGACGAUCUGCAGUCGUCUACUUAUGUCAUUAUUGUUUUUGGGUUUUUUUUUUUUUGGCUUUAUCAUCAUCUUCUCGCUUUCAUAAAAACCACCAGAGCUAAUGUGAUUGUGACGCUGCACUAAGGAUGGAUCAUUCCUGCUUUUUAAGACAUCCGAAUGAAAGGAACAAAGUGGUCGAAUUUCUUGCUAUUUUCCAAUGUGGUUGGAGAUCACAGAUGAGAAAUGUCAGCAGGUGUUCUGAUUCCAAAAGGACUGCGCUCGUGCCUUUUUUUUUUUUUUUUAA